CGCAGAGCCCUCACCCUUAUCAUCAAUCAAUUCACCAUACAAGUCAGCCACUGCUGCAUUUGUUUCGGUGCACUCUGUCUCUCUGCAGUCUGUACGGCCCAGCUGCUGCCGUUGGCCCGUUGUUCAGGUCCUGCCUUCCUGCUGCAUCAGUUGGUCCUCUUCUUCCUUCCGCUCCCCCUGGCUAGCUUGGUUGUGUCAACUGUCUGCAAGCUUCCUUCUCCCCUGCUCUGCUCUUUGAUUGCUUCCACCGUUUCAGCUGUUCUUGACAGGUUUCUCUGCUCCCGCCGGUGGCAGACUGCCUGUUGCUGCUACUUCCUAACCGUUCUUGGUUGGUAGGAUUCAUCUCCCCUGCUCUGUCACUGUGUCAAUCCCUGAGCCAAACAAGCACCUCCUAGUUCUGUUCCCCCAAUGGUGGAUCCAAGCUAGUUUUCCUUUUAUCUCUGGGGAAAAGUAGAGAGUCCGAAGAUGAGAGCUUUAAGCAGGGUCGGAGUGGGGCUCGCCGUGGUGUCCGCGCUGCUCCUUCUGGCGCUCACCGCGGAGCUCUAUUACAUCUUCGUGCACAAGCGCCGGCUGCGGCGACGCGCCGCCGCCAUCUCCGACGCGUCGUCGUCCCCGUCCUCGUCCUCCCGCGAGCUGCUCCAGCUCUUCUGCUUCAAGAAGCCGCCGGCGCUCGCGUCCACCUACGCCGUCCCGGAGGCCGGCGACGACGCCGACGCCGACGACGAGACGGUGGAGGCGCAGCUCAUGCGGCUGGGCGGCGUCGUCGGUCCCACGCGCCUGCUAUUCACCAUCAAGGAGGAGACCCGGGAGGACCUCGAGUCCGAGGACGGGCGCGGCCGGAGCCGCAGCCUCGGCGAGCUCAUGCAUUGCUCUGAAACGCCGCCGUUCCUCACGCCCAGGGCCUCGCCGUCGCCAGCGAUGGACAACUCCUACAACCCGCUGUUCGAGUCCCCGGCGGCGAGCCCGGGCCCGCGCCCCGGCCCGACGGUGUCGCCGCCGCCCAUGUUCCAGUUUCUCAAGGACGCCGAGGAGAAACUGUACCGCCGGGCGCUGGCCGAGGAGGCGAUGAGGGCGCGGAGGUCGCCGCCACCGCAGCAAGCGACGUCGCCGGCGGCCGGCGAGGAGGACGGCGGGUACAUCACCAUUAUGGUGGGGAAGAACAGCCGCGUCAUCAUCCCCGUGCCGUCAGCGCCGGCCACCGGCGGAGGUCGACAUGAGUGAUGAGCGGCGGCGGUGUCCACCGGCACCACCGGGUUUUGAUGGAUUAUCGACUAGCUUGAUACUCGUACUGCCUUACUGUUCUAGUGUAGCUCUUGUGAUGUAAACUUUGUUCUUCUUUUUUGUUUUGUUGGGUCUAUGGUCUUGUGAUCAUGCCAAAUUGGAUGUAUAUAACAUCAAAGUGAUCGAUGAGGACUC